AGUAGAUGGCAGUGCAGAACUAAAACACCGAUCGCGACUCGCUGAAAUUCACCAGAGAACAACGCGCAGUAUGGCAGGGUCACACUCACACUGGAGGCCACCACGUUCAUGUGACGUCUACUGGAGUGAAUUUAAGCACUGCAAGAGUUUAUUUAACAGAUUCCAUGAAUACUACACCUACGGCAGAGCACCAGACUGCCAGCAGUGGAAAGAAGACUAUUACACCUGCAAAGAGUGGGAGACAAACCACAGCACACAGGCCAUGGAAUCCCUCCAGGAAAGCGAGAGGAAGCGGGUCGCUGAGCAGAGGAAGUUCACUCCAGUCUGGGAGCUUCGGCAGACGCCUCCGGCUGAUUGGCACCUGCCGCUCAACCAGGGCAAACCACAGGACUCGUAAAGCACCGAUGUUGAUCAUACGGGACUAUUUAUGACGCAUGAAAGUAUAUGAGCUGGGAAUCUCCUCACACUACCUCUCCUGGACUGAUGCACUUCUGUUCUGUUGUAGAUCUGAUUUUCCCGGUGCUCAAUGCAAAGCAGCUUGAAAAGUCUUGAUCAAGUUAGGACAGAAUUAACAGAGUGAACGUUGAAGAAUAAAUCAAUAUAACACAUAUAAGAAAGGAAUAUUAUCCUACUUCUGUUUAUUUGCCAUUUAAAAAUGUAUCGCAAAACCACAGUUGUUGUUAUGCGGAAGGUAUGUUAAUUCUGUACACGUGUUUAUGAAUGGAAACAUGCAAUCAUAAAUGUUUUUGUGGAUGUUCGUACAAGA